CGCCUGUGCCCUGUUCACCGCUCUCCUCCCUUCUCGCCGCCUCGUCACAACUUUAUUGAAAACAACAACAAAGAGCAAUCCAGGAGUCUGAGGGAACUGACGUAUGAGAGGGGAAAAGAAGAAAUCGUGCGCUGUGAUUGGUCAGAGCGGGCUCGCUGGUUUCGGUUUCCCCAUCCAGCUCGGUGGAUUGUCAUAAUGGAUCCCGCUCUCUUGAGGGAUCGGGAGCUUUUUAAAAAGCGAGCCUUGACAAACCCAGCUGUUGAAAAACGGUCUGCUCCUUCUGAGUCUUCGAAGAAAAAGAGAGCCAAACUUGAUCUUGGAGGGACAUCUGGAUCCAAGCAGAACACAGAGGGCAGCAAUGGAUCAAUUAACCUCAAAGGGCUUUCUGGGAGCUCUGGCUACAAGUUUGGAGUCCUUGCGAAAAUUGUUAACUACAUGAAGACACGUCACCAGAGGGGUGACACAUAUCCACUAACACUUGAAGAAAUCCUGGAUGAAACCCAACACCUUGACAUUGGCAUAAAGCAAAAGCAAUGGCUCAUGUCCGAGGCUCUAGUGAACAACCCCAAAAUAGAAAUUACUGAUGGGAAAUAUUCUUUCAAGCCCAAGUACAACUUGAAAGACAAAAAGGCUCUAUUGAGGCUACUGGAUAAACACGACCAAAGAGGACUGGGGGGCAUUUUGUUAGAUGACAUAGAGGAAGGACUUCCUAAUGCACAGAAAGCCAUUAAGGCACUGGGGGACCAGAUUGUGUUUGUAACACGACCAGACAAAAAGAAGAUCCUUUUCUACAAUGACAAAAGCUGCCAAUUCUCUGUAGAUGAAGAAUUUCAGAAGUUGUGGCGGAGUGUCCCAGUGGAUUCUAUGGAUGAUGAAAAGAUUGAGGAAUACCUCAAAAGACAGGGAAUUACCUCCAUGCAAGAGUCCGGACCAAAGAAAGUUAUCCCAGUUCAGAAGCGGAAGAAAUCCAACUCACAGAAGAAGAGAAGGUUUAAGACUCACAAUGACCACUUGGCUGGUGUGCUCAAAGACUACACAGAUGUUACUCCUGGCAAACCAUAAUCAUAUAAUUAGGACCGAGGAUGUUUACAGAGGAUUUUUACCAUAGAGUUUCCUUAGAACGCUUAAUGCCCCAGCCUUAAUAUGUCUUCUUAUCCUUCCAAAACUUAAUACCAACUGUGUUUACUCCUUGGGGUUUCACUGAAGCUAUCUGAUUAUUGACCAUAAUCAAUUUUUGGCAAAGUAUUAAAGCAAAAAGUGUAUCAUUCGUUAAACUGAAGUAGUACUGGAGCAGUACGUGUGUGGAAGCCUACACAGUAUGCAGGACAAUUUGUGGAUGUGUAUUAUUCCUUUUUUGGGGGAGUGUUUUUUCUUUUCUUUUUUUUAAUUUCUUUAAUUUGAUAGUCUUGAAACUAGAGUGGAUGUUCCAGCAUUUUGGGCAGGUGAACAUGCUGUUUACUGUAUGUAUAUUGGCAAGAAAAAAAAUUCUG